AUGACGCUGGUGGCAACAGCGGGCGGCGCGGCGGCGCGGGAGUUUUGGAGACGGCUGCGGCCCGGAGAGGUGUACCUGGCGUGGUACGAGGACGACUCGGUAUGGCACGAGAGGAUGUGUCUCGGGCCGACGGCCGAGGAGACCAUGUGGAUGAUAUUGACGCCCGACGGGCACGCGUACGCUGAGAGCGUCGUGGGCUGCGAAGACGGCCCCGCCAGGACGCGGGGACUUCGCGGCGGCGCGCUGCCAGGCGGGCUGCGGGAGAGCGUGUACCGUUUCAAGGAGUACCCUGGGACUCGGGAACUGAGAAUGCUGAUGACGGAGGUUCGCGAGGAGGCGACCCUGGCAGCGGCUGGUGCCUCCCUGCCCGUGGUCACGGUGCACGUCAGUCCCAGUGGGCGCGAGAGGCCGAUCGGGACGCUGCUGGAGGCCGCAGGAGGAGUCGCUAAAGGCGUGGACGCGCUGCUUGCCGCCACGGCCGACGGUCUGCCCGCAGGGCUGACGAUGGUCACUGCACCGCGGCCACCUCCCGAGGGGAAGGUCUGGGUGGUGGUAGACCUGUCGGUGGGCUGGGGGCGCGUCGGCGAGCCACUGGAGGUCGGCGUCGGGGACUUGAUGUUUCCUGGCAGUGGUGGCUGGCAGGGGGCGCUGGUCCGUGAGGGCGGUGGGUGGACGAAGGUGCUGGCCCUCAGCGAGCACGAGCGGGACGGCUUUCGCGAGCGGGCUCGGCGGCCACUCGCAACCGCCACGCCUGAGGGGGCGGUGGGAGAGGCGGAGGCCGCCGCCGGCACCAGCACCCCGCGCCCUGAGGGCGGCCUAGACGCCCUGGCUGCGAGGCUUGGCGCGGGCGAUCAGAGCGGCGAUCAGAGCGGCGGUGGAGGCGGCCCCAGCAGUGACGGAGACGCGCGCACGCUGGCCGUCGACUUCGACGCGCAGGGCAAGAGGUACAAGGCCUGGCGGGAGGUGGUGGCGGAGAUGUCUCGACACGGUUUCGCGGACUGGCCGCUCGACACGCCGCCGACCGCGAUCCACUUCUGCGCCCAUAUGGAGAGGACGGGGCGAGUGCCGUCAGGAUGGCUGGACAAGUGGGCGCAGAGUAAGAACAUCGUGAGUAGCGAUACCGUGUAUUAUGCGUUGAAGACGAUCAUAGAUUCAUUGGAGUACGCAGGAUGCUACGACCAGCUCAACCUCGGGUCGCUGGUGUUCGCGGAGCUCCUUUGCCUGCGGGUGCAGGCCAUAGUCGGCGCCUACGACACCAAUCCGAACAAGCCUAGCUUCGAGAACGCGAAGUACUUCUCGGGCCUCAAGAGCUUGUCAGAUGCGGUGUCGCCCGACCUGAAGAGCUUCGCUGCUCGGAAGGCCAAGGAGGAUACCGAGGUUGAGAAGCAGCGGCAAAAGGUCAGAGAGUUGCGCGGCAAGGGCGACAACAAUAAGAGGAAGCCGCGCGCGCUUCUCCGCGCCGAGUCGGUGUGCGACCAGGCGCACAUGACUGUGACGCCCUACGAGGAGGGCAAGUUGUCGCUCCCCGCUGACGUCCGCGGCGCGAGGUGCGCGGAAUUGAUCGGGGGUGCGCGCGCCCGCGUUUUGCUCGAGGCGGACGUCGCGGACUGCUUCCAUCGGCUGCGGAUGCGGGAGGAGCUCGCGGAGUUCUUCGCGAUGCCUCCCCUGUCGGCGCGUGCUGCCGGGCUGCUGGGGCGCGCGAACGUGGGCGUCGUUUUCGAUGACGAGCUGCGGUGGCCCUGCUGCGCUACUUUCCCGACGGGCUUCAGCUGGGGCCUCGUGGCGGCGCAGAGCGUGAACGAGUAUCACGCGGCGCAGGGUCCAGGGCUGGGGCUGUCGCCGCCGAUGGCGGAUCGCCGCGGCCCCGCGGUGCUGCGGGGGGGCGCAGCGGCCGCGCACUGCGUGCGCGUGGACAACCUCGGCGUGAUCAGCGCGGGGCGAGACACAGGUGCGGCUGGCUUCGCGGGGGCGCGCGAGUCCUUCGAGCGCGCCGGCCUGAUGCUGCGCGACCGCCUGGAGGAGCCGCACGCGAUGGAGAGCCUAGGCGUGGAGCUGGGCGCUGAGAGGCGCGAGACGCGGCUCACCGUGGCACGCUACUGGCGACUGGAUGCUGGGUUGCGGUGGCUGCUGGCACGGCGGAAGGUCUCUACGCACAUGGUCGAGGUUUUCGUGGGCCACUGCGCCGGCGUCGGUCUGCUCGCGAGGCAGACGAUCUCCGUCUUUCAUGCUGUGUACAAGUUCGCGCAGGCCUACCCCGCAGGUCUUUUCCCGAUGUGGGGCUCGGUGAGAGCUGAGUUCACCGCCUUCUUGGGGCUCAUGCCGCUGUCGAUCGCGUCUUGGGAGUUGCCCUGGAGUGGAGUGGUCGACGCCAGCGACGCGAGCGAGGGCGGGUCGAGAUAUAAGCUGACUUCGGCCUCGGCCAGAGCCCGCGCCUUGCAGCAGGCUGGCUUGAACUCCUUCGAUGUUGAGGAGCCCGAGCUCUUGGGGGAAGAGUUCGAGGAGGUGGGGGACUUCCCCGAGAUCCCGAGGCGCCUGCUUGACAAGCGGGACUGCUUCGAGGAGGGCGGCGGGCGGAGCUUCCUCCAGCACAGCAACCGACGGCGCAUGCUGCCGCGGGCUGGGCUGAGCGCGACGGACCCGCCGAAGGCGGGCAAGCGCGCGCGGGAGCUCACCGCCCCUGUGGCUGGGCAGCCGCAGGCUGGGGGGGCGGCCCAGAGGACGAGGAGGCUCGAGAAGGGGGUCAACCUCGACCCGAGGAGGGGGAUCACGCACCUGGAGGGGAAGAGCGUGACCCCAAAUGUGAAGGGGGACUACCGCCGCAGAUUGAGGAUAGCGCUCAGCUACGCCCAGAGGCGGCAGUUGCCUGCCAACAACGCCGACGAGGUCGACCAGUUGCUCACCCACCUGAUGAACACAAGGUACUGCGACGGCGAGCACAGCAGCUACGGCGUCAAGCUUCUCGCCGCCUGGAUGGCGAUCUACCCCGAGUACGGCAAGUACGGGCUCCAGCGGUCGCCCAGGAGUGGGCGAGCGCUCAAAGGCUGGAAGCGACUGGUGCCUGGGCGCGCGAGGAAGCUUUUCUUUUUCCCCGUCGUGGCCGGCCUGGUGGCGGCGCUGAUCCACUUGGGGGAGCUCGAGGUGGCGCCGUGGAUCGUGGUGCGCUUCGGGUUCUACCUCGGGCCCUGCGAGCGCCUGCGGAUCCAGCCAGAGGACCUGAUAGCCCCUGUGGUGGGCAUGUCGGAGCACUGGGGCCUGGUGAUAGCACCAGAGGAGCGGGGGACCCCUACCAAGGUGGGCGCUUUCGACGACGCACUCUGGGACGCCCCCUAUUUGAGCUUCAUGACUGGAGUUUUCUCGGUGCUGCGGAGGCGGGCACAAGGGAAGCCGAUGUGGAAUCUUGACUACCCACGCGUCCUGAGGUCCAUGAGGAUGGCGUCGAAGCUCCUGGGCGUCGACGCAGUGCCGUACCACAUGCGCCACUCGGGGCCGAGCUGGGACCGACUGAAGAACGCGCGAACGCUGCAGCAGAUCCAGAAAAGAGGCAGGCGGGCGUCAACGAAGAGCCUGGUGAGGUACAAGAAACACGGCAGGCUUGCCAUGCAGAUGUCGGAACGCUCAGUGGCCCGCCAGGAGUGGUUCAGAAGCUGCGAGGCACACGUAGGGGAGUUCGUCCUAGGUUCGAGAGUCGUAGAUUGGCCGCCUCCGCCGUGA